GCGGGCUGAGGCGGCGCGGGCCGGACGCGGGCCGAGCCCGGCGGAGGACGCGCGGCGGUUGCGGCGGCGGCGGCGGCGGCGGCGGUGGUGGUGAGGCGGCCUGCGGUGUUGCGGCCCGGGCCGGGCCGUGGGGGAGGAGCGGCGGCGAUCAUGUCGGCGGGCGGCCGCGACGAAGAGCGGCGGAAGCUGGCCGACAUCAUUCACCACUGGAACGCCAACCGGCUGGACCUGUUCGAGAUCAGCCAGCCGACCGAGGAUUUGGAGUUUCAUGGAGUCAUGAGAUUUUAUUUUCAAGAUAAAGCUGCUGGAAACUUUGCAACAAAAUGUAUUCGGGUCUCUAGCACAGCAACCACUCAAGAUGUGAUUGAAACACUGGCCGAGAAGUUCCGCCCUGAUAUGCGCAUGCUCUCUUCUCCCAAGUACUCCCUCUAUGAAGUGCAUGUCAGUGGAGAAAGAAGAUUGGACAUUGAUGAGAAACCUCUAGUUGUACAGUUGAAUUGGAACAAAGAUGAUCGGGAGGGUAGAUUCGUCCUUAAGAACGAGAAUGAUGCCAUUCCUGCCAAGAAGACUCAGAGUAAUGGACCUGAAAAGCAGGAGAAAGAAGGUGUUAUUCAGAACUUCAAAAGAACACUCUCAAAGAAAGAAAAGAAGGAAAAAAAGAAGAGAGAGAAGGAGGCAUUGAGACAAGCCUCUGAUAAGGAAGAAAGGCCUUCUCAAGGGGAUGACAGUGAGAAUUCUCGACUGGCUGCUGAAGUUUACAAAGACAUGCCUGAAACCAGCUUUACUCGCACGAUUUCUAAUCCUGAAGUUGUUAUGAAACGGAGGCGGCAGCAAAAACUGGAGAAGAGAAUGCAAGAGUUUCGGAGCUCAGAUGGGCGCCCUGACUCGGGUGGAACACUGAGAAUAUAUGCAGACAGUUUGAAACCAAAUAUUCCAUACAAGACAAUCCUGCUGUCUACUACAGAUCCUGCAGACUUUGCUGUAGCAGAGUCUUUGGAGAAAUAUGGUCUGGAAAAAGAGAAUCCCAAGGACUACUGCAUUGCCCGGGUUAUGCUUCCUCCUGGAGCCCAACAUUCUGAUGAGAGAGGUGCUAAGGAAAUCAUUCUUGAUGACGAUGAAUGUCCUUUACAGAUCUUCAGGGAAUGGCCAAGUGAUAAAGGGAUUUUAGUCUUUCAGUUGAAGAGGAGACCUCCGGACUACAUCCCAAAGAAAAUGAAGAAACAUGUUGAAGGGAAGCCAUUGAAGGGGAAAGAUAGAACUGAUGGGUCUGGCUACGGCUCUGCUCUUCCUCCUGAGAAGCUGCCCUACCUAGUAGAGCUAAGCCCAGGGAGAAGGAAUCACUUUGCCUGCUACAGCUAUCACACUUACGAAGAUGGCUCUGACUCCAGAGACAAGCCAAAGUUAUACCGUCUUCAAUUAAGUGUGACUGAAGUUGGGACAGAGAAGUUCGAUGACAAUUCUAUCCAGCUGUUUGGCCCCGGAAUUCAGCCCCAUCACUGUGAUCUCACCAACAUGGAUGGAGUGGUCACUGUGACACCCAGAAGUAUGGAUGCAGAGACCUACGUGGAUGGUCAGCGCAUCUCAGAGACCACAAUGCUGCAGAGUGGCAUGAGACUGCAGUUUGGCACCUCGCAUGUGUUUAAGUUUGUGGACCCCAUCCAGGACCACAUUCUUUCCAAGAGAUCUGUGGAUGGAGGCCUGAUGGUCAAGGGCCCAAGACAUAAACCUGGAGCUGUUCAAGAGACAACCUUUGAUUUGGGAGGAGAUAUCCACAGUGGGACAGCACUGCCGGCAAGCAGGAGCACCACUAGACUGGACAGUGACAGGGUGUCCUCUGCCUCCAGCACAGUUGAGCGAGGGAUGGUAAAGCCGAUGAUCCGACUGGACCAGGAGCAGGAUUAUCGACGAAGAGAAAGCAGGACUCAGGAUGCUGCUGGGCCUGAACUGAUACUGCCUGCCAGCAUUGAAUUCAGAGAAAGCUCUGAAGAUUCUUUUUUAUCUGCCAUUAUAAACUAUACCAAUAGCUCUACAGUUCAUUUUAAACUGUCACCUACAUAUGUGUUAUAUAUGGCAUGCCGGUAUGUAUUGUCCAGCCAGCACAGGCCCGACAUCAGUCCUACAGAGCGUACACAUAAGGCCAUUGCUGUUGUCAACAAGAUGGUGAGCAUGAUGGAAGGGGUCAUCCAGGAAGUAGACCAGGUUGAUCAGAAACAGAAGAAUAUUGCAGGAGCGCUUGCCUUCUGGAUGGCAAAUGCAUCUGAGCUUCUCAACUUCAUCAAGCAGGACCGGGACCUUAGUCGGAUUACGCUGGAUGCCCAGGAUGUUCUAGCACACUUGGUUCAGAUGGCAUUUAAGUACUUGGUUCAUUGCCUUCAGUCAGAACUUAAUAACUACAUGCCAGCCUUUCUGGAUGAUCCCGAGGAGAACAGUCUGCAAAGACCAAAAAUAGAUGAUGUGCUGCACACACUCACAGGAGCCAUGUCCUUGUUGCGACGCUGCAGAGUCAAUGCUGCCCUGACCAUCCAGCUGUUCUCUCAGCUUUUCCACUUCAUCAAUAUGUGGCUGUUCAACAGACUGGUGACUGACCCAGAUUCAGGCCUGUGUUCCCACUACUGGGGUGCAAUUAUCCGCCAGCAGCUGGGGCAUAUUGAAGCUUGGGCAGAGAAGCAGGGGCUAGAGCUGGCAGCUGACUGUCACUUGAGCAGGAUCGUGCAGGCUACUACAUUGCUUACGAUGGAUAAGUAUGUACCUGAUGACAUUCCAAACAUAAACAGCACCUGCUUUAAGUUAAAUUCUCUGCAGCUUCAAGCCUUGUUACAAAAUUACCACUGUGCACCCGAUGAGCCUUUUAUUCCUUCGGAUCUCAUAGAAAAUGUUGUGGCUGUUGCUGAGAACACGGCUGAUGAGCUUGCGCGCAGCGAUGGCAGAGACGUGCAGUUGGAGGAGGACCCUGACCUACAACUGCCUUUUCUUUUGCCAGAAGAUGGCUAUUCCUGUGAUGUUGUCAGAAACAUUCCAAAUGGUUUACAAGAAUUUUUAGACCCUCUGUGCCAGAGAGGGUUUUGUAGGUUGGUUCCUCAUACACGUUCACCAGGUACCUGGACAAUAUAUUUCGAAGGAGCAGAUUAUGAAAGUCACCUAAUGCGUGAGAACACAGAACUGGCCCAGCCUCUGAGGAAGGAGCCUGAGAUAAUCACUGUGACGCUGAAGAAGCAGAAUGGAAUGGGUCUCAGCAUCGUUGCAGCAAAGGGUGCCGGCCAGGAUAAACUGGGAAUCUACGUUAAGUCGGUUGUCAAAGGAGGUGCCGCAGAUGUGGAUGGACGACUAGCUGCUGGUGACCAGCUCCUUAGUGUGGAUGGACGAAGUCUGGUUGGACUUUCUCAGGAAAGGGCAGCAGAACUCAUGACAAGAACCAGUUCCGUGGUUACACUGGAAGUUGCAAAGCAAGGCGCCAUUUAUCACGGCCUGGCCACCCUCCUUAACCAGCCAUCCCCCAUGAUGCAGAGAAUUUCAGAUCGUCGUGGCUCAGGUAAACCCAGACCAAAGAGUGAAGGUUUUGAGCUCUAUAGUAAUUCAGCUCAAAACGGCUCCCCAGAGAGUCCUCAGAUGCCUUGGACAGAGUACAGUGAGCCAAAGAAGCUGCCUGGUGAUGACAGGCUGAUGAAAAACAGAGCAGACCACCGUUCCAGCCCCAAUGUGGCAAAUCAGCCUCCUAGCCCUGGAGGGAAGAGUCCUUAUACAUCUGGAACAGCAGCUAAGAUAACAUCUGUCUCCACUGGAAACCUCUGCACUGAGGAGCAGACUCCUCCACCUAGACCUGAAGCCUAUCCUAUCCCUACUCAGACAUACACCAGAGAGUAUUUUACCUUUCCAGCUUCAAAGUCGCAGGAUCGGAUGGCUCCUCCUCAGAACCAGUGGCCAAAUUAUGAGGAAAAGCCACAUGUGCAUACAGAAAAUAAUCACUCCAGUAUUGCAAUCCAGCGUGUUACCCGUUCCCAGGAAGAGCUUCGGGAAGAGAAGGUUUACCAACUUGAGCGGCAUCGAGUAGAGCCUGGCAUGGAUCGCAAGUGUGACAGUGAUAUGUGGAUCAAUCAGAGCUCUUCCGUGGAAUCCAGCACAUCUAGCCAGGAGCACCUGAACCAUUCCUCCAAGUCAGUUACCCCUGCUUCCACUCUGACCAAGAGUGGUCCUGGCCGUUGGAAAACCCCGGCAGCGGUGCUGCCCACCCCUGUAGCUGUCUCUCAGCCCAUUCGAACAGACCUCCCUCCACCUCCACCACCACCACCGGUCCAUUACACCAGUGAUUUUGAUAGUAUUCCAAUGGAUUUGCCUCUCCCACCUCCUCCUGCCAACCAGGCGGGAUCCCAGUCUGCUCAGGUGGCUGCUGCAGAGCGGAAAAAGAGAGAGGAACAUCAGAGGUGGUAUGAGAAAGAGAAGGCCCGCCUGGAGGAGGAACGAGAGAGGAAGCGCAGGGAGCAGGAACGGAAGUUGGGGCAGAUGCGUACUCAGUCCCUGAACCCUGCUUCCUUCUCUCCUUUGGCCACGCAGGCCAAGCCAGAAAAGCCUUCCACACUGCAGAGGCCCCAAGAAACAGUCAUUCGGGAGCUGCAGCCCCAGCAGCAGCCCCGCACGAUUGAGCGCAGGGAUCUGCAGUACAUAACCAUCAGUAAAGAGGAGCUGUCUUCUGGGGAUAGUCUGUCUCCAGACCCCUGGAAACGAGAUGCCAGGGAGAAGCUGGAGAAGCAACAGCAAAUGCACAUUGUGGACAUGCUAAGCAAGGAGAUCCAUGAGCUGCAAAACAAGGUGGACCGUACUGCAGAGGAGAGCGACCGCCUGCGGAAACUUAUGCUGGAGUGGCAGUUCCAGAAGAGACUGCAGGAGUCCAAGCAGAAGGAUGAGGAUGAUGACGAAGAGGAAGAUGAUGACGUGGACACCAUGCUGAUCAUGCAGCGCCUGGAGGCUGAGCGGAGAGCCAGGCAGACUGCUAUGCCAGCAAUCUCUGUUCUAGAUUUGAUGCAGGAUGAGGAGCGCAGGCGCCAACAACAGUUGGAAGAAAUUCGCAAACGAGAAGCAGAAGAUCGUGUAAGACAAGAAGAAGAUGGACGCCAUCAGGAGGAGGAGCGAGUAAAGAGAGAUGCUGAAGAAAAGAGGCGACAGGAAGAAGGGUAUUACAGCCGCCUAGAAGCUGAGAGGCGCAGACAGCACGAAGAGGCAGCUCGCAGGUUGCUGGAGCCCGAAGAGCCUGGGCUGAGCCGUCCUCCACUUCCACGGGACUACGAGCCCCCAUCCCUAUCCACAGCACCCAGUGCCCCUCCUCCCCCACCUCAGCGAAACGCCUCCUACCUCAAAACACAGGUCCUCUCCCCAGACUCGCUGUUCACUGCCAAGUUUGUUGCAUAUGAUGAUGAUGAUGAGGACUACGGCCCAGCAGGACCAACGUCUUAUUCGGGAUCUGCUAACACAGCUGCGGGAGCGUAUGAUGCUCCUCGAGAAGCAAGAGAGAAACACGCUAGAAGCCAAGAUGCAGACUUACCUGGCAGUUCUGGAGCCCCUGAAAACCUGACAUUUAAGGAGCGUCAGCGCCUUUUUUCACAAGGGCAAGAUGUGUCUGACAAAGUGAAAGCUUCUCGUAAAUUAACAGAGCUUGAGAAUGAACUGAACACCAAGUGAGAAGAGAGAGGACACCUGUACUCAAGCAGGUCUGCCCUAAGCAGGGGAUUUGUGUGGUCGGAGCCUGAGGAGGAAGGAACAAUUCUAAGUGAUGUUUAAUUUCUGUUUCUGAAAUGGUUGCAAUUUAGAGAUGUUCCGAUUCCAAGAAACUUUGUUUUACUUUACCAAGAAAAAUCCUGCCUAGUUCUUAGUGAUCUGACUCACGGAAAGUUACCUGUUUUUGUUAGCUUUUUUGGGGAGCUUGGACUCACAGGGCAGAAUGAGGGAGGGGCUAUAAAGAUAAUGGGUGUUUGCUCUACCCUGUCUUCUCCCAUGGUCAUUCCAAGGGCAGUAGGCCAGGCAAUUCUCUCUCUGUUCUGUCUCUAAGCUCCAUUUGGCUACCAGACAGGGACAGCUGAGCACUUCAGAGCACUUCUGUGUCAUGGUGGACCCUGUCUGCAGGAGACAGGCCUCUCAGCCCAGGGCAAAUGCUGCCUUUACCGUCUAUAAUUUGCAUGAGGCGGCUAGAUGGAGUUUCUUAUGUAAGGUGCACAACACAUCAUUCUUGACCAAUGUGAGCCUCCUGAUCAAUUGAGAUGUUCGAGAUUGAAUGUCUAUUAAUAAUUCAAUUUUGAAAAAUCACAAGAAAAUUUUGAGGAUUUAAUCCUAGGGAUUUUUAUAGUUUUAUAAAUACCAAAUCAUCAUUAGACUAAUCACUGUUGGAAAUUAAAGAUGACAGUUAUGCUAGAAAGUUACCUCAUAUUUCAGGGGUUCCAGAGGAUCUAGAUCUCUCUAAUUACAUAGCAUCCAUGUAGGUAGGAGCCAAGACAUGUGAGAAGACUGGGAGCUCAUGGGUGUCAGGCACACAUAGCUGUCUCAGGAAGCUGUCCCAUUUAGUAAAGAGGUUUAGAUGCACUGUCAGGAAAGGAAGGAGUGCGUUGCUGUGCCUCCUGUGACUUACAGGCUGUAAGAACACUUGUAGCAGUUGAGUCUGCAUCUCUUUCUCAGCAUAGUAGAGUUAUUUAAUUUUAAUUCCUGAAUUUUGCACUGUCAUUCCUCAGCUGAGUUGUGGGAGACAGACCUCAGUUUGCUUAUUUUAUGUGAAAGCUGACUUUAUGAUUUCAAGCACACUUUCUAUGUGAGAACUCCCUAAUGUGGGUCCAGAUGCUCUUUCUGUAUCAUACUAUUCUCUUACAAAUCUGUGCAUCAGGAAAAUAUGCACACUUUCAAAUAGAACAGAGCUAUUUGCAACCCAAAAAUCCACUUUUCAUAAGAGCUGUAUGAUAAAUUGUUGAAAUACAAGUGUAAAUAUUUUUUUAUGUUUAUCUAGUUUAUUUGAAAGUGUGUCUUUACUGUUUCCUCUGUAAGAGAAUAGAAUGACCCUGAGAGUUGAUGAAGGAUUUGAGCACUUGCCUUACCUAGGAAGUGCAAUCUCCUUGUGUCUGGAGCACACUGGCAGCCUUUGGGUGCCAUAAUCAUACCUCCCAAAGAAGAGCAGGUUCCUGCUAUCACUAGUAUGUGGGAAGGCAGAUGCACAGAAGAACCAGCAAGCAUCUGAAAACUCUGCAUGUGUGUUUGUGAGACCUGUAGUAUGUAGACUUGGCCAUCCCUGGACAGUGAGCUCAGAUGUGAAUACAUGUUGUAAGAGACACUGAAUAGCGUGCAUUACUGUGGGAAACACCCAAACUGCUGUUGAUUCCCAAUUCUACUGUAUUUCAGUUGCAGCCUAUUUUUAAUAAACUUUGUAUCUAUUUAAGUGUAUUUGCUAUUGUUUUCAAAGUGCUGACAAAGUUUAUAUUUGUAAUGCCAGCAUUCCUCUUUUCCAUUUCCAUCUGUCACUCCUUCAUUAAACUGCUGAGUCAUUCCUUC